CUGUCAUAAACACAACCAAUUGAUUUUUGCAACGCUUAGUUUUUUUCUAAAUCAAUAAAUAAGUAAAUAAUAUGGCCUCCAAGCGUACCUCCAACAAUCCUAAAAAAAAAUUAGAGUCAUUGCUUAGACUGGCCGUUGAACAUUCUGGAAAAGAUGAGGAACCAACAAAUACAAAACCAGAAGAAACGGAUGAAAAGAGGAUGAAUUUCUUACAAAGUGCUCUGAAGGCCAUGACGGGAGAUGAUUUGGAGGCAGCUUUAUUAAUUCUAAGAACUGAAUCCACAACUCUUGAACAGAAAAUUGACAGUUUAGACUUAAUACGAGAUAAGAUCAGUGAUAUUGAUAUGGCAAAUUCGUUUGUGAAAAUCGGAGGCGCCGCCCUAUUAUUACAGUAUAUUCGAACUCCGGAUAAUACCUUCCGACAACAAUCCAUUUAUAUAGUGGCUGAAAUGGCUCAGAACAAUGAGUUCUGUCAAAAUUAUUUUUAUAAAGAACAGAUAAUUCCUGUGCUUACCACAACUAUGAACGACGCUGAUGAGGAUGUGGCCAAAGGCUCAAUUUAUGCCGUAUCAUCAUUGAUACAAAACUAUCCGCCUGGACUGAAAGAGUUUCUGGGCACAAAGGGUAUUCAAACUCUGGUGGCUUGCUUAAAAUCGGAUCAUAAAUCGGUUUACAUAAAGGCGGCCUUUCUUAUUGGUUCUCUAGCUUCGCGGGAGAACUCAAUCAGAGAUCACAUAAACAAACARAAUGCAGUMUCCAUUCUUUUGAAUAAUCUGGAGAAYAAGAAUGAAUAUGAUGACAAAUUGGACGCUACCCUAAGAGCACUUUCCGCGCUCUCGGUGAGCUGCAAAUGGAGCUCUACGCGAGAUCAAAAUACAACUGCCGAAAUUACACUCAAGGAGAUAAGUAAUAAUAAGGAAUUAUUAGAUACUUGUGAAGAGAUAGGCAACUUUGCACAGACUAUUUUAAAGAAUAUGUCAACGAAAUAAAGUAGAUAGUGAAUU